AUGGUCAAGGGCUUUAUUGCUGUCGAGCUUGAUUUUCCAGAUGUGGUGUACUUUUUUGCCCCACGACCCAACCAGCAAAAGUAUUCGACGUAUCCAAAGCGACAAAAGUUACGAGGCAAGCUUCGCCUGGUUACGGGACGACCGAUCAAGUUGAAUCGCGUUGAAAUACGUUUCAAAGGGUGCACCCACUUGUCAUGGCGCGAUCCUUUCAAAUCGGCCCACUCGAUUCUCGCUGAGCGUAUGCACGGUUGCAAGACGUUACGCAAGUCAAAAAGUAUCUUGCUUCAAGAUGCUACUAUUCCGAGCGGCAUAACAGAGAUGGGAUUUGAGCUUACGAUUCCUGGCAACUUGUGCAGCUCUUUUUCAAACGAUUUUUGCGACAUUACACACAAAGUAUACGCUAUCGUCGUCCCUACUGGCAAAUUCACCAAGGAGAUCCAUGUCGAACGAGAGAUCAAAGUAUGCAAAACAUUGAUGCCAAGGGAUGUUGCUUAUGGAUACGUGGAUGGAUAUCGAGUGCCCCGAUUAGUGAUGCAUGGUAAACGAUCAGGAUUACUCGCUUGGGAGUUUCAGGUGCCACGUUGGGCUUGUCUCGAAGAAGGAACAUUGGAAUUCAAUGGUGUCUUACAUACCCAUCCAUCCACAUCCUAUGAAUGGACCAUUGAAAGAAUACAAGUGGAUGUCGUUCAAGAAGAAAUCUAUCGAGAUGAGACCAUGAAUUCCAAGCGGCAUCUUGUCAUAUCCAACAAUACGCCAUCCACCUAUCUUCAUCCGCCGCUCGAUACCCCUAUUUCGUUUUCAUUCCCGUUACAGCAGCAACUCAACAAUACCCUUCCAUCGAUCACCACCACCACCACCACCACCACCACCAGCACACCCCAACCGGGCCAAUUGAGACGAGUCGUAUCUGUGCCCACCUAUUUAUCAGGCAUGGGGUAUCCACCAACAUCCAAGCGGAAAACAAUCUCGCCUAAUGGAAAAGUGACACUUUUAUCCCAUGGUUCAUUGACAUAUUCGCUUGAUUCCCCUUUCCUGGAGAUCCGCCAUUUUAUCCGCCUCAUUAUCCACGUGGCAGGUGAAUCAUCACCCAUUUGCAUUGGAUUGCCAUUUCAGAUCACUCCUUUUCUAAACUUACGAGAAGACCAACAGAGCAAUGAUGAUGGAUUACCCACCUAUCAAAGCAUCUACCGGGAUGAAGAAAGGUUGCCAGAUUACGUCGCGUCGUUGAGUAUCGCCCACCAAAACAAUGAGAUUGUUGAAGAAAGCGAAGUCGAUGAAUCACCACCACCACCACCACCACCACCAACACAACAGCAACAAGCAUCCUCAUGUUGUCUUUCUACAUCCACCCAUACAUCAUUAUCCACCAUAGCACCCAGACCAUUGAGGAGAAAUCACCAAUACUCUUCAUCUCAACCUUACGGAUUACAGUUGUUAGCCGGUAGCACUUCAAUCGCUUCCCUGCAGCAUACUGGGCCUGUCACGCAUUGUGGAAGCUUAGCAGAAGAGAGAACACUAGAUGAUUUUUGGUUACAUGGAAGCAUUUGA